AUGAGAUUGUACGAGUCUUACUUGUGCAAUGAUAGAUGGCUCAGUGUACAACCAUCAAACAAUAAAAUCAAACAUCAUUUAAAAUAUGAGAUAGACAACAAUCUUUUACUUUCAUUCAGCAAAACUCAUGUAAAUACAUUAUUUAGAAAAGACAAAGAUAUGCUGCAUCAUAAGGAAACAGAAUUUUAUACAUACAAUGGAAAAACAUAUCAAAAUGGAGACAAAGUUUACACUGGCCCAUAUAACCAAGGAUAUUGUGAGGGCUACUAUUGCAUCAAUGGAAGUUUAGAACCAUAUUACAUUGAAUGUGAAGAAAUUUUUGAUCCUGGCCUCGUCGUUGAUGGCUGUGAAACAAUCUUUACUGAAGGAGUUUGCUGUCCCAAUUUUGAGUGUCCUUCAGCUAUUUCUACGCCUUCUACUUUUGAAGGUGAUGCACCUUGUACAUAUAAAGGAAAAACAUAUCAAAACAGAGACUUCGUUUACUUGGGUGCGUUCGAUGGAAUUGGUUGUUCUUUUUAUCGCUGCAUCAAUGGAAAUGUACAACGAGACCAAACCGAGGACUGUGAAGGAGCUUUCACUGAUGAAUACAUUGCCUGCAAGCCAAUCUUUACAGAAGGAGUUUGUUGUCCCAAAUAUGAUUGUUCACAUAUUAUUAUGUAUCUAAAUGUUUCCCAAUGA